AUGUUUGGAAUUGAUGACAAUGAUAAAUCCACGAAGAGGAGUAAGAAGAGGUCACAUGAAGAUGACCGUGAUUGUGAAAAAGACUCGAAAAAAGUCAAAGUCAAAGAGGGAAGUAAAAAUGACGAUACAGCAGAAAAUAAAUUGUCACCUGAAAUGAUUAAACAGAUGAUGGCCAACGCACAGAAACAAAUAGAAGAACGUAAACGAGCAUUAAAUACCAUCAAUCAAAAUAACAUUUCAAGCGUGAAAAACUCCUUCAAAACUCGUGAUCCAAUGCCAAUUGCUAGCUCCAUGUAUUCACAAGGAUUACUUAGUAAAGCUGAUUCAGAUAAAGCUAGAAAACUGGUAGUACUUCAAGCACAAAUAAAAAGUAAACUUAAUUCUGGUUUAUUAACUUCCGUAAGCGUACCGGAUAAACCUACUCCAUUGAUUCUUGAUGAAUCUGGUAGGACAGUUGACAUCACUGGUAAAGAAAUCCAGCUUACUCAUGUUGUCCCGACUCUUAAAGCCAAUAUAAGAGCCAAAAAGCGUGAAGAAUUUAAAGCACAGCUUCAAGAUUCAAAAGGGCCCGAAGAAAUUCAGGAUACACACUUUUUUGACAAUCGUAUUGGUGUUAAAGUUCCAACUCGUGGGAAACGAGCUUUGAAGUUUCAUGAGCCUGGUAAAUUUCAACAGAUUGCUGAGAGGAUACGUGUUAAAGCGCAGUUAGAAAAACUUCAAAAUGAAAUUAGUCAAAUUGCACGUAAAACGGGAAUUAGUUCCGCCACCAAAUUAGCUCUUAUUGCUCCUAAAACAGAGGCACUCAAUGAAGACGUGCCUAAUGUUGAAUGGUGGGACUCGGUCAUUUUGGCGAGUGGUUACCCAGUUAAAGAGGAUGAACAAGUACAAAUUAAACAUUCAACAAUUACUAAUUUAGUCGAGCAUCCAAUCCAAAUGAGACCACCGACGGAAUCGUCGAGACCUGUAUAUAUGCCGGUAUUUCUUACUAAAAAAGAACGUAAAAAACUUCGCCGGCAAAACCGUCGUGAGGCGUGGAAAGAAGAGCAAGAAAAAAUUCGUUUGGGAUUAGAACCACCUCCUGAACCAAAGUUAAGAAUCUCAAAUUUAAUGCGAGUCUUAGGUACUGAAGCAAUACAAGAUCCUACUAAAAUAGAAGCUCACGUGCGUCAGCAAAUGGCGAAACGAUUAAAAGCCCACGAAGACGCUAAUGCUGCGCGUCGAUUGACAGUCGAUCAGAGAAGAGAGAAGAAGGCACGGAAGCUCAAAGAAGACACUUCCAAUGGAGUUUUUGUUGAAGCUAAUGCAAAACAACUGUAUUUAACUGGAUGUGUGAUGUUAUUCCGUGACUGUAAUGUCGUGGUAGUUGAGGGUGGCGCCAAACAAUUACGUAAAUAUCGACGUGUAAUGAUGCAUAGAAUAAAAUGGGAAGAAGAUAUCGUAAAAGAUACCGACGGUAAUGAUGUACCGAAUAAGUGUGUCAUUGUGUGGGAAGGAAGCAGUACACAACGGCACUUUGGUGAGAUCAAAUUUAAAGUGUGUCCUAUUGAAAGAAUGGCUCGUGAACAUUUUAAAAAACACCAAGUUGAACAAUACUGGGAUUUAGCAUACAGCGGGGCUGUGCUUGAUAAUACCGAUGAAAUGAACUCAUAA